CCGAACACGGCUCUCUCUGGUAACUGAAUAGCCAGUGUAAUCUGACACUUCAACUUGCCGUGCUCUACGGUAGUUGAUUCAGUCAGUCACUCACACCGUCUCCGGGGCUCUCACGUCGUCUUUGUGAAGUGGAGAGACUAGCGCGAGAGAGAGGAGCACCGUAAACUCGAGGUUUGGAGAAACAAUACGCGGAUUUGCCUCUGAGGUCCGAGCUAAAAAUCACCGCUUAAAGGAGGGGUCAGUGAAGGACCGUGCUUGAGGAAUACAUGAAGGGCGGGGUGGGAGAGGGGGCGGCCACCACAGCGGCAGUACCACCAAGGUCAAAGUUCACACAGAGUACAGAACCUUUAAUGGCGUUCCGGUAGAGACAUCAAGAUGAACACGUUACCAUCAAUGGACCGGCACAUCCAGCAGACCAAUGACAGGCUGCAGUGCAUCAAACAGCACUUACAGAACCCGGCCAACUUCCACUCAGCGGCCACAGAGCUGCUCGACUGGUGUGGAGAUCCCCGGGCCUUCCAGCGACCUUUCGAGCAAAGUCUCAUGGGAUGUCUGACGGUGGUGAGUCGCGUUGCUGCUCAGCAGGGGUUUGACUUGGACCUAGGGUACAGGUUGCUGGCUGUGUGUGCUGCCAACAGGGACAAAUUCACUCCCAAGUCUGCAGAAACCAGCACCUGCAGGAGAUGUCAGAGUGACUCAGCCCUGCUGUCGUCGUGGUGCGAGGAGCUGGGUCGUCUCCUCCUGCUGCGUCACCAGAAGAGCAGGCAGAACGAACCGCAGGGAAAAGUCCCCAUGCAGCCCAGCAUGAACAGCAUGAAGCCCGGCCUCACACACAGUGAUGGAUCCUUUCCCUACGACUCUGUCCCCUGGCAACAAAAUUCCAACCAGCCCCCUGGGUCAUUGUCUGUGGUUACAACAGUGUGGGGCGUGACCAAUACGUCACAGAGUCAGGUGCUGGGUAACCCAAUGGUGAAUAGCAAUAACCCCAUGAAUCCUGGAGGUAACCCUAUGGGAUCGGGUCUGUCUGCCAGUGCAGCAGGGCUCAACUCACCCCAGUUCAAUGCUCAGCAGCAACAGUUUCCAAACAAAGGAGGCUCCAACCAACAGUACAUGCAGCAGGGCGUGUACGGCAGACCUGGCUACCCUGGAGGUCCUGGGGGAUACAGCGGGAGUUAUUCUGGAGGCCCAAACCCUUCUCAAGGAGGUAUGGGAUUAACCUCCCACACGCGUCCUCCUGGUGACUUCACUCAGCCAGCCGCCGCUGCUGCAGCUGCUGCGGUUGCUGCUGCUGCUGCUACGGCAACGGCCACGGCAACGGCCACGGUGGCAGCGCUGCAGGAAACCCAGAAUAAAGAUAUGAACCAGUAUGGACAGAUGUGUUCUUCGUUCCAAAUGGGCCCUGCGCAGGCCUACAAUAGCCAGUUCAUGAACCAGCCAGGCCCACGAGGCCCUCCUGGAGGUAUGAAUCCAGCCAGCAUGGGAUCAGCCAUGAACAACUCCAAUAUGAGUGGGCCUCCCAUGGGCAUGAACCAGCCUCGAACCCCAGGCAUGGUGCCUUUUGGAGCUCAUGGCCAAAGGAUGCCUCAGCAAGGGUAUCCCGGAGGACCUCGACAGGGCAUGCCCAUGCAGGGGAUGAAGAGGCCAUAUCCUGGGGAGGCAAGUUACGGGGGUCAGCAGUACGGGCCGAACAGUCAGUUCCCACCACAUCAGGGGCAGUAUCCCACAUCAAACACCUCCAGGCCACUGCCAUCUCCUAACUACCCCGGCCAGAGGAUGCCAGGGCAGCAGGGCCAAGGACAGUACCCACCUGCCAUGCCCAUGGGCCAGUACUACAAGCAAGAGCCCUUCAAUGGUCAGAACACAAACUUCUCUGGCAGCGGAUACUCCUAUGGCCAAGGCAAUGGGCCCUCGAGGCCCGUUAACUACCCCCACUCCCCAGUCCCUGGAAACCCCACACCCCCUAUGACCCCAGGAAGUAGUAUUCCUCCGUACCUGUCGCCAAACCAGGAUGUGAAGCCCCCGUUUCCACCCGACAUGAAACCAAAUAUGACAGCACUUCCGCCCCCUCCAACUAACCCCAAUGAGGAGCUGCGGCUGACGUUCCCAGUCAGGGAUGGAGUGGUGCUGGAGCCGUUCCGCUUGGAGCACAACCUGGCUGUCAGCAACCACGUCUUCCACCUUCGACCCUCCGUCCACCAGACCCUCAUGUGGAGGUCUGAUCUGGAGCUCCAGUUUAAGUGCUACCACCAUGAAGACAGGCAGAUGAACACCAACUGGCCCGCCUCCGUCCAGGUCAGCGUCAACGCCACGCCCCUCACCAUCGAGAGGGGAGACAACAAAACCUCCCACAAACCCCUGCACCUGAAGCACGUAUGCCAACCUGGAAGAAACACCAUCCAGAUUACAGUCACCGCCUGCUGUUGUUCCCACCUGUUUGUGCUGCAGCUGGUCCACAGGCCAUCUGUGCGAUCCGUCCUACAGGGGCUCCUGAAGAAAAGACUCCUUCCUGCAGAACACUGCAUCACCAAGGUUAAGAGGAACUUCAGCAGCGUUGCGGCCUCGGCAGGCAGCACUACCCUUAACGGGGAGGACGGUGUGGAGCAGACGGCCAUUAAAGUGUCACUGAAAUGCCCCAUAACCUUCAGACGCAUCCAGCUACCUGCACGAGGGCAUGACUGCAAACAUGUCCAGUGCUUUGAUCUGGAGUCCUACUUGCAGCUCAACUGUGAGAGGGGGACAUGGAGGUGUCCUGUGUGCAAUAAAACAGCAUUAUUAGAAGGUCUGGAGGUGGACCAGUACAUGUGGGGAAUCCUCAAUGCCAUCCAAAAUUCAGAGUUUGAGGAGGUCACUAUAGACCCUACAUGUAGCUGGCGACCUGUUCCCAUUAAGUCUGAGCUACACAUCAAAGAGGAUCCUGAUGGACCACUUGCCAAGCGCUUUAAGACCAUGAGCCCCAGUCAGAUGACCAUGCCCAAUGUGAUGGAGAUGAUCGCUCAGCUAGGGCCUGGCCCUGGACCUGGCCCUAUACUUGGUCCCAGCCCUUACCCCCCACACCCUAGUCAACAUCCUGGUGGCAACGGGGGAGAUUACCCUGGAGCAGGCAACAGUUACCACAGCCAAGGGAACUUUGACUUCCCUCACGGGAACUCCUCUGGGGGUGGAGUUGGAGGAGGUCCCCCUAUGAAUGACUUCAUCCAUGGCCCCCAGCUCUCCCAUCCCCCAGAUGGUCCUGGUGGUCUCCUCUCCCAGGACAAGCCCCUUAACCACGGCAUGAAUGAUGCAAUGUCUCAUCCCGAUCAGUCCCAUAACUCCAUGCAGCACAGCUUGCAUGCAUCGCCCCACUCUGGCAGCCAAUCAGGGCCACCCUUACAUCACAGUGGGCAAUCAGGGCAGCCCUUGCAUCACAGUGGCCAACCAUCGCAGCCGCCUCGCCAGUCGCACCCUCAGCCUCAGCCGCAGCCUGGGCAGAACAGUCACCCCCACAGCGAUCUGAACUUUAACCCCUCCUCAGAUGGGCAGAUGGGUCAGGGAGCCCAGGAUAUGCCUGAACCCUCCCUGGAUCUGCUUCCAGAGCUGGCCAACCCAGACGAGUUACUAUCAUACCUGGACCCUCCCGACCUUCCCGCCAACAGCAACGACGACCUUCUCUCCCUCUUCGAGAACAACUAGUCCUUCACCUCCCCUAGAAACCCUCCUGCACCUACAGGAGUCGCGAUGUGUUUGACUGUCCGUCCACAGACACCUCACCGACCUCCUACAGAUACUUCAAUCAGCUUCCUAUGCUCACGCACGCACACACACCCACAGUUUAUCAACAGACAAUGUGUGGCAUAGGAGCCGGCUGAAAAGAGGCGCCUGUUUGGGAACUCCAAGGGAGAAUGCAGGAUCGCAACUUAUACCCGCACUCCCUUUUUUUCCUCGUGUAAAGAUUCCACGCACCAGUUCCUCCGCCUCUGACUCGAAACACACCAUUUACAGCCAUGUUGGCGGGCACUAAAGUGAUAUUAUAUAUAUACAUAUAUGAUAUUUGUGACUUUUUAACUGAAAACUGUGCAGCUAUAAUCAUCUUGUGUAAACAACACAGAGGAGACAGGAGCCUUUGUGGGCUCCAGGAAAAGUGUUGUAGCUUUGUUUUUGUUUUUUUUAUUAUAAUUUUCCUUUUGUGAAAAAAAACAAAACAUUGUCUUGUAAGAGUGUUUUAUCCUAUUUGAAAUGUGUUCUUCCAAAACCUUGGCACAUGCCAUGCCCUUUGACCCCCAGACUUCUGUGUGUGUGUGUGUGUGUGUGUGUGUGUGUGUGUGUGUGUGUGUGUGUGUGUGUGUGUGUGUGUGUGUGUGUGCGUGCGUGUGUGUGUGAGAGAGAGAGACAGUUGAAUAACUGGAACUCAUCAAAAUCAGAGCACUGAAAGGACAAGCUAAAAUGUCCUUGAGUGUCAACAGAGGAAACAAGCGCACAUUGUGCAAUGUAGUGUGUGUGUGUGUCGGUGUGUGUGUGUGUGUGUGUGUCGGUGUGUGUAUAUACGUAUGUGUGGGUAUGUUUACUUGUCCUAUUCUGUUUGCCUGCGAGCGUAUGUGAAAGACAGCGGGGAGAGAAUGUUUGAGACAGAGGAGGGAGGAAAAAUAUUGAAUGAAAGACAGAUAAAACAAUCCACUCUAAGAGCUGUCUCACUACUUUUUCUCCACCCAGUUUGCAGUCGUUCUUGUGUAUUUAUUUUAAUGUUUUGCUCUUCCUCAUCAAAUUCAGCACCAUUUUGUUCACAAGUGCAUGUGUGCCAAUAGCUCCAGUUGUCUUUGUCCAGCCUAAACGUGCUUGAUCAAGUACUUUUCUCUCUUGUCUUUAUAUUUAUAAUUUUAUUUCAUCAGUUUUGUUUUUAAUUGUCGUCCUUUUUUAUGUGAUUUAUCUUUGUCCCACAUUGAAAUUAAUCAGAUACACAUCACCAAAGUUGUCCCAUGUUGUUUUUUGUAAGGGGUUGGGCCUGGAUAUCAUGUUAGUGCAAAGAGCAGGAUUUCAACAUCCUACAGACAUCUACAGAGGUUUUUAAAUCACUGUGUUUUAUAGAAACGUCUAUGUGAUUGUUCUGAUCUUUCCUUUUGUCAUUUUGUUACUGUUGAACUGCAUCUUUUUGGGAAAAAACAUCCUGCAUGAUCCAACAGUGUUUCCAGAGCUGUUGUAUAUACCCUUUGUGAAUACUUUGUGACUGUACAGUACUGUAC